AUAUCAGCCGGCGAAAGAAACUAAUUCUUCGCAACACGGGCUUCCUCUCGCACGGGCGCACCCGCUAUGAUGCGUCACCGUUCCUCGCAGAGCGUUCCUCGCUUUCUUGGGCGCUCACCGAGUGCUCCUGGGCAGGGCGAUGCGCCGUCAUGCGGUUGGUCGCGCUCGAUGACGACGUCUCGAGCAACCACUCCUCCUCACACGACCCAAACGAGGAGUGCGCCGUCUGCCUGGCCCUGCUGUUUCGGCCUGUGAGGACGUCGUGCGAGCACCUGUUCUGCUCUGCGUGCUGGGACCAGCACGCUGCGCGCUCGGGCGACGACUCUGCGGAGCCACCGGCGCCGCUCUGUCCGCUCUGCCGCACCGAGGCGACGGUGGCGCCCGACCUUGGGCUCGGCCUGAAGCUGCAGCAACAGCACCCGGCAGAGUGGGCGCGGCGGGAGGACUCAUUCCGGAAGCAAGGCGUGCUCCGCGCGCGCUGCCCCGCAUGGGAACCGGCUGUGCCGGCGCGCGCCCCCGCACACCUGACAUUUGCACGCCAGACACCUUUUGCAGACUCUGCGCGCAUGCGCCCUCCCCGCUGUCGGUCUCUCGCGCGCUCACCCCUCUCGCGCGCUCACCCCUCUCGCGCCUGUGCGGCGAGGGCGCCCUCGCGGAGCCGCCCGCCGUGCAGCUGCGGCUCGGGGACGAGGUUGUCGAGGUGGUCUACUCCACCUCGGCCGGGCUGCACAAGCUGCAGCGGCUGGGCGGGUUCGAGGUGGACAACCUCGUCAUCUACUCCCUCGGCGGCUACACGCGAACCACCUACUCGGUACCGCACGCAGCAUGCUCGCUCGUGACAGCGCCCUCACCGCGACUCACGGCACACGACACGCCCUCUGGACACCCUCUCGACGCGCGGCGCAGGUCCCGGUCUCGCGCUCGAUCAAGCUGCGGCGAGGGCGCGAGGUGGUCGCGUCGCUAUGCGAGGAGCCGCCCUCACGCCGCGGUGCU